AUGUCGUGGGCAGGCUUCAAGAAGAAUGUCAAUCGGGCGACGACCCAGGUGAUGAUGAAGACUGCAAAACGCGAAGCAAAGAUGGCUCUCGAACUAGAUAUCGAGUCGCUGCGUGUGGAAUUGGGUCGAGACCGCGUGUUUUCCCUUGAGCUCUACCUUCUCUCUCUCCACCGACCCGAGAACUUCUCCGAGGAGAUCUCCUUGUCCCUCGAGAAGUUGAACGUGAAGCUUCACGAAGAGUUUUACAAGGAGGCCGACGAGAUGCUCGGCAAGGAGUAUCUAGAGUUUGAUGAGGACGGGGACGAGGACGAAGGCUCACAGAAUCACAGACGCUACAGAACCAUGGAGGCCGCUUCGAUGCGCCUGCAGAAGGAGGCGAAGGGCUACUUGGACUCGCUGCGAGCAAUGACCGCUUCUCAGAUGAGAAUCGCAGAGACCAUCGACGCAUUCUACGGUGAUGCAGGUGCCAAGGAUGGCGUUAGUCGGAGCUACAAGCAGGCGGUUGAGGAUCUUGAUGCAGAGACAAUCAAGGCAUUGGAUGGCCCUUACCGUACUACCGUCCUCGAACCAAUCUCUCGCUUCUGCGCCUACUUCCCCGAUGUCAAUGAGUGCAUCAAGAAGCGUAACCACAAGCUCCUCGACUACGAUGCCAUGCGCGCUAAGGUCAAGAAACUCGUUGAGAAGCCCGACAAGGAUGCUACCAAACUCCCACGCGCUGAGAAAGAAGCUGAGAUGGCAAAGGCAACCUAUGAGCAGCUCAAUGAGCAGCUCUUGGACGAACUCCCCCAGCUCAUCGAUCUCCGAGUGCCAUAUCUCGACCCCAGCUUCGAGGCUUUGGUCAAAAUUCAACUCCGCUUCUGUGCUGAGGCUUACUCGAGAAUGGCGCAAGUUCAACAGUACUUGGAUGCCGAUACUCGUGAGCAAUACGCCCAAGGCCAGUUAGAUGGUAAGGUCGAGCAGAUUUUGCAAGAAAUCCGCGAGCUCAGCAUCAGUGGCACGGUUUGA